GCCGCCGCCCGGGGCCACCCUCCCGGAGCACGGCCGGCGCCACCGCCACCGCCACCCGAGGCAGCCGCAUCGCCCCGAGGCCGGAGGAGGGGGCACGGGGGGCCACGCCGCCUCCGGCCCUACCGGUCCCGGGCACCAGAGGGCGGCCCCCGGCGGUGCCGGCAGCAGAGCCCCCGGAGCAGGUCUACUGGAUUUUGCUGUCCAUAACUGUGCGCACAUUUCACAUACUGAUGGUAAUUUUGGUGCCUCUUUCCAGUGCCAGUCAAUACAUCAUGACCACAUCUGUAAUGAGGACAGUGAUAAGAUCUCUCCCGGGUCCAAUUCAGCACCUCUACCUGGCCAUCCUAACAAGGUGAUUUGUGAAAGGGUGAGACUUCAGAGCCUGUUCCCUCUCAUCCCAAGUGAUCAGGAUACUACAGUUCAAGAGGAUGCCCACUUCAAAGCUUUCUUCCAGAGUGAAGACAGCCCAAGUCCCAAGAGACAGCGGCUUUCUCAUUCAGUCUUUGAUUAUACAGCAUCACCAGCCCCAUCACCACCAAUGCGACCAUGGGAGAUGACAUCAAAUAGGCAGCCUCCUUCAGUUCGGCCCAAUCAGCAUCACUUCUCAGGGGAACGAUGCAACACACCUGCACGCAACAGAAGAAGUCCUCCUGUUAGGCGUCAGAGAGGAAGGAGGGAUCGUCUUUCUCGACAUAAUUCCAUUAGUCAAGAUGAAAACUAUCACCAUCUUUCAUAUGGACAGCAGCAAGCAAUAGAGGAGCCUCGAGCCUUCCAUCCUCCGAAUGUAUCCCCACGUAUGUUACAUCCUGCUGCUCACCCACCUCAGCAGAAUGCAGUGAUGGUUGACAUACAUGACCAGCUCCAUCAAGGCACAGUCCCAGUUUCUUAUACUGUAACAACAGUUGCUCCACAUGGGAUUCCACUUUGCACUGGCCAGCACAUCCCUGCUUGCAAUACACAGCAGGUUCCAGGAUGCUCUGUGGUUUUCAGUGGACAGCACCUCCCCAUCUGUAGUGUGCCUCCUCCUAUGCUUCAGGCGUGUUCAGUUCAGCACUUACCAGUACCAUAUGCUGCAUUCCCACCUCUUAUUUCUAGUGACCCAUUUCUUUUACAUCCACCUCACCUUUCUCCACAUCAUCCUCCUCAUUUGCCACCACCUGGCCAGUUUGUCCCCUUCCAAACACAGCAAUCACGAUCGCCAUUACAAAGGAUAGAAAAUGAAGUCGAACUUUUGGGAGAACACCUUCCUGUAGGAGGCUUUACUUAUCCUGCAUCAGCCCAUCCUCCAACAUUACCUCCAUCAGCCCCUCUCCAGUUCUUAACACAUGAUCCUUUGCACCAGGAGGUAUCUUUUGGAGUACCUUAUCCUCCUUUUAUGCCUCGAAGACUCACAGGACGUAGUAGAUAUCGAUCCCAGCAGCCAAUACCACCUCCCCCUUAUCAUCCCAGCCUCCUGCCAUAUGUACUAUCAAUGCUUCCAGUGCCACCUGCAAUCGGUCCAGCCUUCAGCUUUGAAUUGGAUGUAGAAGAUGGAGAAGUAGAAAAUUAUGAGGCAUUACUAAAUCUGGCAGAACGACUGGGAGAAGCUAAGCCACGUGGAUUAACAAAAGCAGAUAUUGAACAGCUUCCAUCUUACCGGUUCAAUCCUAACAACCACCAGUCAGAACAGACUUUGUGCGUAGUAUGCAUGUGUGAUUUUGAGUCAAGGCAGCUACUUAGAGUCUUACCCUGUAACCACGAGUUCCAUGCCAAGUGUGUUGAUAAAUGGCUUAAGGCAAAUCGUACCUGCCCAAUUUGUCGAGCUGACGCAUCAGAAGUGCACCGUGAUUCAGAAUGACCAAUCUAAGAGCACAAAUUUAGUUUGGGUGUUCCUCAUCACAUGUAUAUAUAUAUAUGGACUCUCCAUUGAAUUUACCUGUGUGGCUUCCAAGCCUUCCCCUUACCAAAAAGGUCAAUGGACCUUUCUUUGCACUGUGUGAUUUAAUUAAUUAUAAAUCUUACAAUUAGUUGUCACAAUUAUGGGAUUGUUAUACUAACAGUGUGAUUGGAACUCCAAAGACUUUUUCUUUAGCUUAAUUUUGUGUGUGCACUAACAUUCCCUGGUUUUUGUGUGAUCAUUCCGAGUGUUGCUGCAAGAUUACUGUGGACAUGAUCUUAGCAUGUGCUUUUAUAAAGAGUGGUAGCUCCAAACAAUAUAGCAAUCUACCUUAUAUAGAGCCUUCAGAAACUGUGAGUGGAAAUGAAUGAAAUGUAUGAGUCUAAUGGUAAUAUAUCCAUGUAUGUGUGCAAGUAUGCAAGUAUUUGUGUGAGGGUGUGGUAGCAUAAUGUAUGUGUGAGAUCCUAUAUACCAGCAUGUACUGAGAAUGUGUGUAGUGUUAAUUAUGCUGCAGUGUAUAAUCUUGUGUAUUAUUUAAGCAGUACUAGUACUGUACACUGGUUUCUUUCCUUGUGUUUGCUGUGCACACUGAAUGCUAAGGGUGCAUCAAUUAUAAGCAUUUAAUAUUCUCUCUCCCAAUUCCCUCCCCAUAUAAUUAAUAUGAUACAAAGACCAUUUUAUUCUUCAGGUGGCUGGUAUACUGUCACUUUUUUGGUGGUUUCAACUCUGGCCACUUAUAGAAAAAGUGUACCAGGACCUAAUUUUUAGAUUCUCUUAUGAAAGUGAAUUUUAAAAUGUCAGGCUUGCUGUUUCCUUUUAGAAGGGUGCAAUAUCACAUAAUCAUUUAGCAGUAGUAACAUGUUCAAUCAGUUAUUUGAAUGUUGAUUAUGUUCCUGUCUCCUUAACAUUUCCAGUCAGCUUGUUAAAUAAAGUACCUGUGCUUUUUUUUUAAAUGGUUAGAUUUUUACUUUUGUGAAGAUACUUCAAUAAUUUGUCACUAAGGAUAUCCCCAGUCCCAUGCAGUCCCACCUCCUGAAAUUUGGCAUUAGCCUUCACCAGAAUCUUAAUUUGUGUUAACCAGCUCAAACCUGGAUUCCUGGCAUGUAUUCCUUGUUGAAUAGUGCUAGCAGAAUUAAGUUAUGAGGAAAUAACAUUGAUCUUCCUAUAAAGUAUUUUAAACUAAAAUUCUGAUUCUGAACUUAGUCUGGCUAGUUCUCUUUUGGAGAGUACCAUUUCCCAUCUUAACUUGUGCUGUAUGGAUAGACUCCCUAAUGAGAGCCCUGCUUUUUUUCUUAGUCAGACCUGGGGUUGGGGAUGUGUUGGGUUUUUGUUGUUUUUUUUUUUUCCUUGCAUGAAUGAGUAAAGUGUAAUACAAUCAGUGUCCAGGAUGUUAGCAGUAUAAAAGAGGAUUCCGUUCUUGGAUUAGAACAUAAUGCUGUGAAAAAGGAGUUAACCUCCCUUCAAUUGACCUGAAUAAUGUUAUAGUUGCGGUUUUGAAUAAACUGAUUCACUUACCAUAGCUCAGAUUGCUUUAGGCUGUUUUUCAGUAACAGAAUUAGGUUGAAAAAGUUAAGUUUCUUGAAUCCCUCUGCUUCUUGUCUUAGGUGAACGUUGUCACUUUGGUUGCAGCACCUGAGCAGCACACUUAGUUAGCCGUCUUGUCCCAGCUUUAAGUUCCUUGUGUCAUAACUUUGGAUGCUUCAGAUGCCAUUCAGCUUUAGUGUCGUUUGUUUUUUUGGUUUUUUUGGUUUUUUUUUUUUUUUCAGACAGUGUUAUUGCUACCACCAUGCUGCUUUGCCCUCUUUUGAAGGCUCUACAGACUAAUCGCAACAUGAAGUUGAGUAACGUAAAACAAGCACAAUUUUGCCCAUUUUUCAAACGCUGUUGACUCCUACCUAGUUAAAACAAGAAGAUAGAAUUAUAGAACUUUUUGGUCUGCUCAUAUUUGUCAGAUCAUAAGAGCACUAAUGAAAUAAAACAAUGAUUAAAAAAUAUACAGCGUACUAUUUUUUAAACUGUUAUAGACCCCUCCCCAAAAAUGUGGUAGAGUGGAAUUAUUGACACAACCAACCACAAACCAAUUAAAUCAUGUAUAGUUAAUCUUUAUUUU